AUGUCAUUGAGAACAUCUAUUCAACGUUCAUCAAGCUUGGCCAAAUCUGCUAUUGCUUUGAGGUCAAUCAGAACUUUUGCAACCACAGCAGAACCAACAUUGAAACAAAGGUUAGAAGAAACUUUACCUGAGAAAAUUGAUCAAGUCAAACAGUUGAAGAAGGAACAUGGUAAGACCGUUAUUGGUGAAGUCUUGUUGGAACAAGCAUAUGGUGGUAUGAGAGGUAUUAAAGGUUUGGUUUGGGAAGGAUCUGUUUUGGAUCCAAUUGAAGGUAUACGUUUUAGAGGUAGAACCAUCCCUGAUAUUCAAAGGGAAUUGCCCAAAGCUGUAGGUGGCGGUGAAGAGCCUUUACCAGAAGCAUUGUUUUGGUUGUUAUUGACUGGUGAGGUACCAACUGAAGCUCAAACUAGAGCGUUAUCUGAAGAAUUGGCUGCUAGAUCCAAAUUGCCACAACAUGUUGAAGAGUUGAUUGACAGGUGUCCCUCUCAUUUACAUCCAAUGGCUCAGUUUUCCAUUGCUAUAAAUGCCUUGGAAUCAGAGUCUCAAUUUGCCAAAGCUUAUGCAAAAGGUGUAAAUAAGAGCGAAUACUGGAAAUACACCUAUGAGGAUUCUAUUGAGUUGUUGGCCAAAUUGCCCGUUAUUGCUGCUAAGAUUUAUAGGAAUGUUUUCAAGGAUGGUAAAUUACCAGCUCAAAUUGACCCAAAAUUGGACUAUGGUGCCAAUUUAGCUAAUUUAUUGGGUUUUGGAGAAAAUUCAGAAUUUUUAGAGUUGAUGAGAUUAUACUUGACUAUUCAUUCUGAUCAUGAAGGUGGUAAUGUUUCUGCUCACACUACUCAUUUAGUUGGUUCGGCUUUGUCUUCACCAUUUUUAUCUUUGGCUGCUGGUUUGAAUGGAUUAGCUGGUCCAUUGCACGGUAGAGCAAAUCAAGAAGUUCUUGAGUGGUUAUUCAAAUUGAGAGAUGAAUUAAAGGGUGACUAUUCAAAAGAAGCAAUUGAAAAGUACUUGUGGGAGACCUUGAAUGCUGGAAGAGUCGUUCCAGGUUAUGGACACGCUGUUUUAAGAAAAACCGAUCCAAGAUAUACUGCUCAAAGAGAAUUUGCAUUGAAGCAUAUGCCUGAUUACGAAUUAUUCAAGUUGGUUUCAAACAUUUACGAAGUUGCUCCUGGUGUAUUAACAAAACACGGUAAAACCAAGAACCCAUGGCCAAAUGUCGAUUCCCACUCUGGUGUAUUGUUACAAUACUAUGGUUUGACUGAAGAGUCAUUCUAUACUGUAUUAUUUGGAGUUUCAAGAGCAUUUGGUGUUUUGCCACAAUUGAUUUUGGAUAGAGCAGUUGGUAUGCCAAUUGAAAGACCAAAAUCAUUUUCAACUGAGAAGUACAUUGAAUUGGUUAAAAACAUUAAAGCCAAUGGUAAUUAA